GUCGGCAGUAGUAACACUGCGUCGCAGUUAAAGGUGACUACAAUGGCCAUGGGUACAAAAUUGUGCACCGCGAUACUUACUAUUUUUUUGUUAUGCACGACAUUUGUUACAUCUUUUCCUGCAACUACACACACUACAACAAUUAUCCGCGAUGUUACAACGGCGGAUGCAAACGCUGAUGCCGAAAUAGCGGUGGACAUUUCCCAUCUGUUUGUAUCCACGGAAUCUGUUAUACCGCCUACAAAUGCUAACCGCGAUCUGGCACCAACGGUACAGCGGGAGGCCCGCUCCAUUUCCGGUUCAUACGAAUUCGGCCACAUGGUACCCCUGCUGCAGACCGUGCUACAGCUAGCGGCGGCUUUGCCGGCCGUACCUCCGGAUCCUAGCCGACAGGAAGGUGCUGAUCAGGCCACCACACAAUCACCUUUGACAGCACUGCUACCACUCUUGUUGAGUGGGCUCACACCUGGAAGAGGAAGCGUUAGUGGCAUCAGUGGCCAAAGCCUGCCUAGUACUGAGAGCCUAGAAAGUGUAGAAACGCGACGAGGUCCAGCCGGUAUUGUGGCACUCCCGGCAGCAAAUCCUGCACCGGGAUUAACAGCACCAGCUACUGCUAACAUGGUGGCUAUCGAUGAAGCCAGAAUAGAUCCAAAUGUGGUAUCGACCAGUUUGCGUAACCCCAGCCUGCGCAUUGAAUGGAAGCAGAAUUUUGAUCCCGAAAUUAACUGCACGGUUCCGCGCAACAGAAGUGCUGUUUGUAAUGAUUUACCAAUUACAAGAAUUCUUUCGCUGAAGAACUUCCUGGUAAUCGUGAAAGAUCGCAACGUGUACCGGGUUAAAGCAAAUGGACAUCCAAUAGAUAUGACUCCUAUCCCUCUGGAUAAAAGAAUGGACGAUAUUACAGCCAGUGUAACCAUUGAAGGAAAACAUUUUGUCUUCCAAGGAGGAAAAUAUUCAAAGUACGAUAAAGAUUUUAAUCCUUCCUCCGGAAAAUAUCCGCGAUUGGUUUCCGAGGGAUUUCCGGGAGUUCCAAUUCCUGUCAACGGCGCAUUCCAGCUCAAUAACCACACAUAUGUUUUCAUUUCUGGUACCAAAUAUGUUUAUUUUCAACCUCAAGCCAACCCGAACGUUGACCCCCGCUACAGCCCACAAUAUCUGGACAAUGUGCCAGGUGCACCACCCACUGUGGACAGCGUUUUUACAAUAAAAAACAAACGAUUUUUACACAGACGAGGUACAAUUUUCGAGAUGGCCUCAGAUCAGAUGAAGGUGGAACGUGAGUUUCCUGUAUACAGUUCUACGAAACAAGGUUGGCUUAAAUGUCCCGAUCUGUUUCCGCCAGAAUGCGGCGGUGCUGGGCGACAUGAGGCGCACGCCGGCGCCACAGAAAUACCCUGACAAACUGCAAUUCCGACUGCUUAAUUCAAGCAGUUUCUACCUGUAAAUUUUUGUGAUAUAUGAAAGUACUAGUUAGAUAUACUAUGAUAAAACAAAGAUUAGUAAAAUGUUUGUAAUGGGGUAAUAAAAGAAUGUGACAUAGUAAGCGACAAGUAAUGGAUGCUUUUACGAUCCCUACAACUACUUUGCAAAGUUAUACCCAAAUGGCUUACAGGAAACCGUACGUGUAGUGAAACUACAGUUUACCGAAACUACCACCUAUCUGUACUGUCGUAAACUUUUGCCCGUAUGUGCAGUUCG